CACAGGGGUUUCACGAGAGGUGGAAUGCCCCUCACUGCCUUGGAGCGAUUGACGGAAAGCACGUGACCAUAGAGUGCCCUGCUAACUCCGGGUCAGUGGACUUCAAUUACAAACGGUCCUUCAGCAAGUCGCUGCUUGCUGUGUGUGAUGCCCAAUACAGGUUCAUAUACGUGGAAGUUGGGCACCCUGGAAGCGAGAGUGAUGGCGGGAUUUUCUCUCGCUCCACUCUUCAAAAGAAUGUUUUGCUGGGGGCACUGGGCUUGCCGCCAAUGAGUCCUGUUGGCAACGAGGGUCCUCUCCCAUAUUUCUUCGUUGGUGAUGAGGCCUUCCCGCUGAAGGAGUACAUGAUGCGGCCCUACCCAAGACGGACACUCCAUGACGACGACAGCAAGGCCCACGAGCGCCGCGUCUUCAAUUACAGAAUGACCAGGGCACGCCGCGUCAUUGAGAAUACCUUUGGUAUCCUGGCACAAAGGUGGAGGAUGCUGCGACGACCCAUUAAGGCGAAAGAAGGCAACAUAAAGGCAUACAUUGGAGCGUGCAUAGUGUUGCACAACUUUCUUCUUAAAGAGUCCGCAGCCUCCUCCGCCGCCUAUUGCCCGCCUGGUGCCACAGACAGCGAGGACUGGGAAGGCCGCCUUUCACCUGGAAGUUGGAGGGACGAGGAAGCAGUCGGUGGAGCGCUCUUGCCACCGAGACCUACUGGCUGCAAUGCUGCGAGGUAUGCGAAGCAAGUGCGAGACAAACUGGCGCACCACUUCGUCACAGACGGUCAAGUUCCCUGGCAAGACAAAGUGGUGAACAGCGCUUGAAGUAUACAAGUUCAAGGGGUCCACAACGGUUUCCUCAGUCGUGUCCUCGGAGGUUUCGGGGUCCACUGCAUGACUUGCCCUGGCGCUGAACUGCAGUGAUGACAACUCUUUUCCAUGUAUUUGACAACGCUAGUGGUACAUGCACUGUUAGCAUUCUUUGCAUCAGGUGUGUGUUACGUGCAGCUGCAAACACGAGUGCACUCAAGGGGUUAUUACCAUUACACCAAGUCUUUUGCAUUACUUCUUUUGAUAACAUGACUGUAUGAAUGAUGUGCAGAAGCACAAGUUCGAUGUUUUUAUUAUGUUGGUCAUCAUACACUAUGUAUGGACUUAAAUGUGAACAUCUGCAACAGAGAUCUCACUGGCUGCAUGCAUCAAAUUUAUGCAGUCAUUCUGAAAUGGCUGUAUAAACGUUGGGUCUGAUCAAAAACUGUGUGUGGUGUCAGUUACGCUUCUUGAAUACAUGCUGCGUGUCUUAGUGAGCAUCAUUUCACUGGUACAGAUGCAUUAAUGCUUAAGAUUAUUUGCCUCGCUUGUAAUGCAACCAACUCUGGGCCUGCACUGGUUUAUAACUGGACACUUGUUAAGAACACAACGACGUGCAUGUGUUUCCUAUGUGUGCAGAAAAUGCAUGGUUCACUUGAGAAAACGCGUGUUGGGGCUAGUUGCUAAUGCAUAUUUUUUCUUUUUCAAAAAUAUCUAGCGUUGACCAAUAACCAGAUUCACACAAACGCAGCACCUGUCCCGUCAUGUCUUCCUGUGUACUUCUGUGCAAUGUUUAGUUCUGAUAUUUCUUUUUGAAAA